AUGAGUUCUUCAACAGUGAGUCGAUAUCGAGAAUCAACAACGAUCACAACAUCUCCUCAGACAUACGACCGAGUUGACACAUCAUUUGCCGAAGAAGAUGCUCUCGAUGCCAUUGCGAAAGAAGCGGAGCUUCGUCUUCACAAUCAACGCGAACAAAAUCGCGUCGCCCGUCAACUUCGUCACAAAGAAUUAGAACGGAAUGCACCCGACGAUAACGAAGAAGAAUCGCCUACAACAUCUCACACGCCAUCAACACCUUUGGGUUCAUCGAAAUCAGGUGUGGUGGGUACCAAUGCGAAUUCACUAUUACUUCAGAAAUUUCUCAAUGGAGAUGUGGAUCUUCGUACAAUCGAACAACGCGACUUACGACGACUAUUAAGUGAGCUGGAAUCGAGAUACAAGUCACUAAUGAUUAGUAAUUCCGGCAUGUAUAACGAAAAACAAGCAUUAUAUUACCAAGUGGAUUUGCACAAAGAUCAAUUAGAAGAGUUAUAUGAAACAACGAAUCAACUGAAACGACAAUACAAAGAAAAAUGUCGUGAAUUCGAUUGGCAAAAACGGAGUCUGUCCGAUCUUCAACAUGAGUCGAAUCAAAUCAAAGAGGUCUUGAUGAAAUGCGAAAGAUUAAUCGAAGAAUGUGAAGAACAAAGAUUCUCCUCGGUGUUACCAACCGAGAUCAAAUCUCGCAAAACUUUAUUAUUAUUAAAUUCAUUUGCUAAUGGAUCCAUCGAUCAAAAACUAGAACGAAUUUUACACGAAAAAUGUGAAGAAUACGAAGAAUUGAUGAAACUACGAUCAGAAUUAGACGAAGAAAAGACACGUUCGAAAAAAGUCAACGAAUUUCGAAUCAACCUCAACGAAUCCCCAAACGACACCUGCGAUUCAGAACAACAAAAACAACUAAUCAAAGAAAUCACUUCGUUAAAAAACCGAUUACAACGCUUAGACACUGACAAUGGUUCAUUACAACAAGAAAAUAAACGCUACGAAGCUCAACUCGCACGAUACAAACAGCAGCUAGACGAUGCUGAACGUGUUGAAGAUGAGCUAAAAUACGAACGGCGCGCUUUACAACGUGAGCUUCGCAUGGCACGUGAUGAAUUGGAACAAGAACGCACGCGAAGUGAUGUCUUACAGCAUGAUCCACUCGUUAGUUCACGCUCGCAUUCACCUUCAUUACCAACGAAUUCGAAUUCACCGAGAGAUGAAUGGAAUUGA